GCGCAGUGGCGGGAGUCGCGCGGUCCGCACGGUAGGCAGGAGCCAAGCUUGGCGGCUUGGCUUCAUUGUAAUCUCCCGUGUCCUUUGCUGGGUCGAAGACGUUCCAAAUGCGUGUCAGCUCCGCUAAAUAUACUCUAUGGACCGAUGCUACACCGAGUAGAUGCGAGGACGACGACUAGGUCCAUUAUAAAGAGGGUGGAAUCGCCGUUUGUGUGGUGCUGCAACCUAUGGCUGUCUUUCGUGACCACCGGGAGCCCGGACGCCGGUCGGCUGGCGUGAUUCGGCGUCGUUUGCUGUUGACUGUUCUCCGUCUUCGCCUGGAAGAGCUCCUGUCGCCAGAUGCAGCGGAUUCUGCCAGAACAUGCGUACGAGCUUUGGAUGGCUUAUGAGGCAACAGAUGAAGAAUCGAAGAGGUGACGAUGAGAAAUCCCUGGAAAUGCUUCCAAGCUACGCUGGCUGCAGUUGUCACGCUCUACCUUUUAACUUGGUACAACAUAACGCAGCUCUGGAGAGUCAACAGCUCCACGGAGGACAGUGUGGCCCAUGUCAUUCCGUCGGGAUACCGCAUCCGCACGCCUGGCUGUUCCUUAGCGAAGUACGACGCCUUCCAUCCCAGUAUUGCGCAUCUCUACCAGAAAGUCGAAGACUACCAGUGCCCUGGAAAGCCGAACUUCAUUACAACGCGUGAUGAACGGCCAGAGGUAGACCUUGGAGCCCUGAGCGUGCACGGUCUGUCGGCUGUUGAAGAACUGCGUUGCACCUACCGCGAAAUCUACCGGAACCUGUCGCUUCCCGUCCCUGACGAUCAGUUUUUCUUCGGUCCGCAGACACCACUUGAGUUUGGUAGGCCCUUGAAUAAGGAGUUCUUGUUUGUGGAGUGUGCAACUGCUUCCAAACCUGACGUGGUCUUCCAUCAACAGUUUCUAUUCAACCCUAUCUUGAAGCCAGCAGUGGAAGAACGUUGUCGCCAUGUCCCUGAAAGAACGAGUCAUCAGCUCAACGUGCUGGUGCUUGGUGUUGACUCCGUGUCGUAUCUCAACUUUGACCGUCACCUGCCGCUCUCGGCCGACUUUAUCCGCAACCACCUCGAGUCCUUCGAACUGCACGGGUACAACAAGAUAGGGGAUAACUCGUUUCCGAAUCAGUGUCCGCUCCUGAUGGGCCGGACGUCCGCGGAAACGAUGAACCUGAGUGUAAACAAUUUCUUCGACAACCUCGAUUUUGUGUGGAAUCUCUUCGCCGACCGGGGCUACCGAACGAUGUUUCUGGAGGAAUCUCCAAAGUACGGUCUUUUCAAUUACAUGCUCAACGGCUUUCAUUCCCCUCCGACGGACUACUAUUUGCGGCCUGCCAUUAUGGCCAUGGACAAGUCCGACCUCAAGAAGUUCGUCACUUGCGGCCUUGCUUGUCUGGGUCCUACUACUCCGAUAGAAAUGUUUUUAGACUAUCUCGCGCGUUUCAUCAUCCAAAUGGACGACCGCCCGUUCUUUUCUUACACUUUUCUAAGCGAAGCAAGCCACGAUUCUUUCAAUUGCGCCGGGUAUGCGGACGCGCCUCUGAAGAGGUUCUUCGACAAAGUAGAGAUGAGCGGAGCCCUCAACCGGACGGUACUCGUCUUCUUGAGUGACCACGGCAUGCGCUAUGACGCCAUCCGGGCAACGUUCAUCGGAAAGUUCGAAGACCGACAGCCCUUUGCGUUCCUGGCGUUUCCCCGUUGGUUCCUGAACAAACACCCGGACGUGCGGAAGGCCCUCAAGACCAACCAGAGACGUCUCACGACUCACUUUGACGUUCACGCCACCCUCGGGGAACUCGUUGACUUCCCGCAGAAAACACGGCCUCGAACAAAACACGGUAUCAGUUUAUUUCACGAGGUACCCGGUAGCAGGACAUGCGCAGACGCCUCGAUAUCCCAUCAGUGGUGCAGUUGCGAAGCGAAAGGGGAGCCACUGUCGCCGCACGACCCCGUGUCCGAGGCGAUGGCGCAGAGCCUCGUGGGACAGAUCAACGUUUGGCUUCAAGUGCAGCCUCGGCAGUGCUACCCGUUCAGACUUCGAAACGUCAUCGACGUCACAAUGGUCCAGAAGUCCGAAGAAGAGAGGCUGAAAAAUAUCAGUCAUUAUUGGAUCACCAUAGACGUGUCUCCGAGUGGAGCGAUCUUCGAAGCGACAGUCAGGUUGGACGAGACCAGUGGGAACGUCACAGUACUCGACCAAGUUAGCCGCUGCAAUUUCUACUACAGUGAGUCGUACUGUAUCCGAGAUCAUUGGUUGGAGAAGUUCUGCUUUUGCAGGCGGGGCUUCGGAAUCGAUAUGUGAUAAAGUGGUGGUGGGCAGCGUGUUUGAUGGGACGUGCAAGAUUGUGGAACGUGCGAAAGGCAUAUGGUUCUCUUCACAUCUCGUUGAUAUGUUCUGUGAUAGCUAACUGCAAAUGCGUGGGAAAAAAAUGAAGUACGUAGGUGUAGCGGUGACAUGAGUGGCGCAGAGCAAGCUCAUGGGCUGGCAUCGAGGAACACGACGGGUAUUGCCCAACAGUGUCACCUAUGUAACGGGAUUUUAUUUAUUGCAAUCGCCGAAGAAGAAAGGAAGAAUGCCAAAAGGAACUGAUCCUUCCCCUUUGCUAUAUCCAUACACUCUAAGAGACAAAGGCGUAAUUUUUUGUCAUUUUGUGGGUUAAAUGCAUUGGCACAAACAUUAGUCCCUUUCGCAGCUAAAUGCGCGAAAGCUUAUGUGAAGUUUAUGGGACUUUUGCAGUGCUGCGCAGUAAAUUUCAUGGUCGGACUAAAAUACAAUGCGCUACACAUUCGCAUGCAGCCAUUGCUUUUUUUUUUCUUUCUUUCUAUAGUGCCAGUUUAGAUUUGCUUUGUCUGCCCUGCCAUGUGAUAUGUACGGCCGCUGUCAGACUAAACCGUAACGCGAGUGGCCUACACUCUUAAAACAAAGCCUCACCACAUAGCACGCUGAAGGCCAACUCUUGUACAGAAUGAUACGUCUAUCACUCUUGAUUUGUGAUAAGCGCGUACGCCUCUCGUUUUCAACAAAUCAGGGGAGAGAACGAUGUUAUUCGGGAUGAUGGUUUGCUUGGAGCGUGCUAUGCGGUGAAGUUCAUUUUUAAGAGUGUACGCUGACGCCAGCGCCGUGGAGCGUUCGCAACUGAGUUUGGACCUGAGCCCGAACCUGUACGUCGCCGCACGCAGGCGGUGGUGAGUGCGAGCACGAAGCAGACACUGACUGCAGACUGUGCGAGUCGCCGCCGAACCGAACAUGCCGAGCUUCUGUCGUGAAGAGGCCCAUGUCUCAACGACAGACCCAUGUCAUUGGACGCAGUCUCAAACCCAGAGGUAACGCUCCGCGGUGCUUUCGUCUCACGGAGCUAGCGCGUUACGGUUAAGCUUGACGAUGACUGUGCAAGUUUUUUUUUCUGUAUCUUUUCAAUUCUUUACCAUCAAUGAACACUCGUUCGCGUCUUUGAUCAACCGAGCCUUUCAAUGCACACUCUUCUUGUUUCUGGUGGACAUGUAAUAGCUUCCGUUUACCAACAAAGCAGCAGAAAGUCAGUUUCAGUUUCGUUUUCUGAGUUUCUAAAUAUCUUUUAUUGUUGUUUUGUUUUGGUUUGGUCUUCUCGUGCAUGCAUGUGGUAGUUACACAAAGCAGCAUGCAGGAAGUGAGGAAAACGAAAUUCUCCGGCGCACCGGCCGUUGCGCAGAAUUAUACCGUUCGAUUAUAUUGAUUUGUGGAAAGCUCGGGCCUUUCUGUAACACUUUUCUUUAGGACUUUUCUGUAACACUUAAUGUAACUGCACAAGUGUCAAAAAAAGGUGCACGCCUCCCGUUUUUAACGAAUCAACAGAGAAGGCUAUGUCAUUCGCAACGGUAGUUGAUUAGGACCGCGUGUCAUAUGGUGAAGUUAUUUUAAGAGAUGGAAAGACGGUGUUUCCGACAGGUGUUUUCUCGCUUUACUUUUCUUUCCUGAAAUACGAUGGAUGGGAAAACAAAGUGUUUGACCGUCCCAUUCGUUCCAGCCACAUAUAAAUAUUUCGUGAUUACAUGUGAUAGCAAAUAAUAUAUUACGAAGCGCUCCCACACUGUGCCCGAGGUGCCUUCUUUGGUAUAGAGCACAGUCAUAUACAUGAUACUUUUACUUGCACUGCUUUAAUAUAAAGCGCUUCUUCCAGUGCGCAGUGCUUUUCUUCCCUUUUACUUGAGUGUGGUGAUGAACAACAUCGCGUGACUCGUUUCCAAAUAAAAUAAUUCUACCAAUC